AUGGAUGAGCGCGGCAGAGCCCUGCGUGAGGAAAUCGAUCAGUACAUUCAGCAAAGCGAUGACUAUAACCAGAGCUUCGGCGUUGAAAUGGGUCACCGCUACGAGUUGAGUCUGGCAGUACUGAACGGGCAGGUGGAUGUUGAAAAGGCAGCACCACAGUUCGACUCACGCAACUAUGUACAUCCCAACUACCUUUCCUGGUUCGCGGGUACCGCACGUGGCUUUGUCGGAUGGCAGCGCCAUUUCCGAUGGAUUCGGGAAAGGCUGCACCAUGGUUGCGUUUCUGCAGAAAGAAGCAGUAGCAGCCGGAGACCAAUGUCAGGUGCCCAUCGCACUGGUCAGUUUUGA